GGAUCUGGUCCCCGUGGCCAGGUGGCCAGUUCCCUGUUGGGAGAGAGGAUGAGAGGGCCAGCACAUGCCAUACAGAGCUCCAGGCUACAGCGCUGGAGCGGUUCCAUGCCUGGAUCUCCCCUGCUUUGCAUCUGGUGUCGUCAGUUCCCCCUGCCUGGACAGAGCCAUAAUGAGCCAACACUGUACUAAGUUUUCUGGCCUCUGGAAGAUGGUGGUGUGGGAUGAGGCAUUCUUCCAGGGCCGGAAGCACGAGUUCACCGCCGAGUGCUACGACGUGAGGGAGAGCGGCUUCCAGACGGUCCGCUCCUUCAAGAUUGAGAGUGGCGCGUGGGCAGGCUUUGAGCACGUGGGCUUCCAGGGGCAGCAGUUCGUUCUGGAGCGAGGUGAGUACCCUCGCUGGGAGGCCUGGAACGGCAGCCAUGCCUACCACGUGGAGAGGAUGAGCUCCUUCCGCCCCAUCGCCUGUGCUAAUCACCGGGACAGCAAGAUGACGAUCUUCGAGUGGGAGAACUUCCUGGGGCGGAAAGGGGAGCUGAACGACGACUACCCUUCGCUGCCAGCCAUGGGCUGGGGGAGCAGCGCGGUGAGCUCUUUCUGCGCUCACUCUGGCGCCUGGGUCUGCUCCCAGUUCCCUGGGUACCGGGGCUUCCAGUACAUCCUCGAGUGCGACCGUCACGCGGGCGAAUACAAGCACUUCCGGGAGUGGGGCUCCCACGUGCAGACCUCCCAGGUUCAGUCCAUCCGGAGGAUCCAGCACUGAGCGCUGCCAACUGCCAGGCCGCUGCUGCCCCCUUCUGCCCCUCCACGUCUUACCCCUACCUUCCUUCUGCUGGGCCCCCGGCUCAGGGCCCACUCAGCUGUGCUCAAAGCAAAGCUCAAUAAAGGUAAACUUGCCUAACCAGCCAGGGCCGCUAAGUCCAGCUUAUUGCAGCCAGCUGCAACCAGGGCAUUAGCCCAGGGAGACCCUCCCGGUGUCAAGACAGACAAUCUCAGGAGAAUGUCACUGCUAGAUGCAGUGGGGCAGCCUGACUGGCUCUUUGUCCCUUGCUCCAGCUACCGGACAUGUUGGCCAGGGAGCAGCAUGUCCCCUGAGGACUGGUUAACACAGGCAGCCCAGAGCCGCAGGCACACAGGCCUGGAGGGCUGGCAGCUGCUGGUCAAGGCUGCAGAGCUGGCCAGCUAGUCAACACAGCCUAUUGCCCUGGCCCAAGGCACCCCACGGCAGAACGCAGUCCUCCCAAGAGCAGGGGCAGGCCUAGCUCUGGGAUCUGCCAGCUUACUGCUCAAGGGCACUGAAGGGCAGCCUGCCCUUCUCUGGCCUGGGCCAGGGAUGGGGACUAAGGGGUAUUCCAGAAAUACAGCAAACUGCAGCUUCCCAUGGAGAGCCAAAUGGGAGCCUGCCGUCUGGACACCGGGCUCCUGAAGCAAUUCACCUGGUAAACUCGACAGAGACUCUGGACAUCGGCAGCAUCCAGCCCUAUGACAAAGCACCAAGAUGUCUGUCUGAUGUGCACAACAGACCAUGACAAGGCAGCGUUAGCACUGCCCCACCCUGGUGGUACUGCAAGGAGAGAACCUGGAUGAAAUCCUGGCCACGGAAAGCCAGCCGCAACAUUCAUUGAACCCAUGAGAGUGGAGCCAAGUGCCAUUGCUAGUCUAGGUUCUGGGACAGAGCCCCCUUCCAGGAGAGAGGGUCCCUGGGACAGAGGAAGAGGCUGUAGCAGAAGUGGAGAAGACUUUGCAAUAGCUAGGGUGUGUAUUUACUGCUAGUCACCCCGCGAGGAUGCUAGGGCACAGGAGGAUGUCUCUGCCCAGAGCAGUGUGUCUGGCAGGCCCCUUCAGAAGGGCAGCCCCUGUACGGUGUCCCCUGCUGGGAUCCCAAAGCUGGAGGCACCAAGCCCCACAGGCCUUUGGGAACAGGCUAGUCUAGAUUUCCAACCAGUUGGAACGGCCAGCCCGUGCCAUGGCUUCACUCACCCUCCUCUGCUCGCCUGGUGAGGAAACACUCUGGCUGCCCACCGUGGGGUCAGGAUGGGAGACCUCCUCUCUGAGAGUGGCAGAAUGUGUCUGGGCAGCGCUUCACUGGGCGCUCCCCCAUAGCAGGUGCAGGGCCUAAUGUGGAGUCUGUCCAGCAUUGCCGGCUUGGCCUCCUGGAGGGGAAAUGCAGGGGCAGUCUGGAAUUAGAGACGGGCCCAAGCCAUGAAGCUGGGACCCACACAUUCCCCACAGGGCAUGCUCAGAUUCAACCCCACUAGAAAGAGAGACCCCAGCUGCCAAAUUCAGCUCUGGAUCCAAAUCCUCGUGCAGAUGCUUCUGGAACAUAGGGGCCCAGCCCCACAGUUCUGAUCCAGCCUCUCCCUGCCUGGAAUCCCGACCAGGUUUUCUGCGAGGUUUCUGGUGCAUCAGGCUGACUUGCUGGGCAUGGGACCCCUGGAAACCAGCAUCUGCUCUGGACCAGUCUUAUUCCUCAGCAGCUUCUCGACCAGCUGCUCCUGUGACAAUGCCAGGGUGACACCACGUGGCCACUAAUGAAACUCAUCCCGGCUCCAGCGGCACACCCGCAUUCGCAGUGGGCUCUGCAGUACCAGCCAGCCCCGGGACACUCUGGCACACUGUCCACGCAAGUCAGCAAAGCCUCACUGCAUCUGUGGUCCUGGUAGAGUGAAGCCAAGGCAGGUGUGUUGCUAAUGAACAUGAGGGACUUGACCUGUGCUUUGCUCCAUACUAACACUAAUAUAAUAACAAGCUACCCUCUGAGUCUCUAGCGUCUCUCAGCAGUGGAUCCCAGCGCUGUGCAUGCCGUGUGCGUAGUUUAUCACCAAAGCUUCUCUGCACAGUACAGGCAGUCAGGGAGCUUCUAGAUGGCUCCUUAAGGCACAAGGGAAUCUCUGGCUGUCUCACAACUAUGCAGAGCUAAAGGCCUGAACGUGACCAAUCGGCCUAGGAGGGGACGCGCUGAGAGCUGGCGGGAAGUUUUGGAAGAAGGGUUCGGCCAAACUGACGCUGUUUUUGGGAAAAGGCUGGGUUCCACAAAUUGCUUGUCACAAAACUAAUU